CAUGUUGCCACCCGGCAGGCCGGGCCGGUCGCCGGCAAAGGCGAUGCUUAUUUACUUGCAGACAGUACGAUUUUUUGUCCCUAUUGUACUGUGAUUAUAGGUUGUGGAAAGAAUUUGUUGUCUGAGAAGCUGGUUUCGAACAUUUUUUAUGACAUGAUAUUCAUUACGACUGGCUAAAUAAGUGAAAUCUAAAAUAGAACAGCUCAGAAGUGAAACGCACACUGAGUAAUAUGGUAGUGUUUAGUUCACCGUCAAUUCGCCGUUACUUUUUAGUAGAGUUCAGCGAUGUUUUCAAGAACAACAGAUCAUUUUGUAGGAGCAGUAGCCUUUAUUACUGCAAGGAGGGUAAAGUGAAGAACCUGAACAGCACCAAGGCCGGCAGCAUUGACAAGCCUGAUGUCAACUACCACUAUGACAUCAGGGAGGUGAAACAUCAUGAGACCAUGGCCAAGGAGUGGUGGGACCCUCAGGGCUCCAUGAAGGCUCUCCACGCCAUGAAUGAUUUGAGAAUUCCUUUCAUCAAGAAUGGCCUAGUAAACUCUCACCGGCUGAAGGCUUUGGAAGUGAAGAAUAAAGUCAAAUUUCUUGAAGGAAUAAAGAUAUUGGACAUAGGAUGUGGAGGGGGCAUCCUGACAGAGGCGCUGGCGAGGCUGGGAGGCUCGGUGACGGGGAUCGACCCCAGUGAGCAACUGAUUGCGGUGGCACGUGCGCACACCCUCUCACAACCAAAUGCCACGCCACCCUCAUACACUGCCACCACGGUCGAGGAGUAUGCUCCGAGUGUCAUGGCUCAGUACGAUGUCGCAGUGGCUUCCGAGGUCAUCGAACACGUCCCUGACAAGGACUCCUUCUUGGCAGCAACCGUUGCUACCCUCAAGCUGGGUGGAUCUGUAUUUUUGACCACUCCCAACCGCACCCUGUUCUCCUGGCUAGGUGGGAUCGUGAUGGCAGAGAAUGUGUUGAACAUCGUGCCCAAGGGAACUCACAACUACUCCAAGUUCAUCAAGCCUGCUGAGCUGUCAGCUCUACUUGAUAAAUGUGCUAAUGUUGUAAUAAUAUAACCUGAACUUGCUGCAGCUGGGUGGAUCUGUAUUUUUGACCACUCCCAACCGCACCCUGUUCUCCUGGCUAGGUGGGAUCGUGAUGGCAGAGAAUGUGUUGAACAUCGUGCCCAAGGGAACUCACAACUACUCCAAGUUCAUCAAGCCUGCUGAGCUGUCAGCUCUACUUGAGAAA